AUGAUACAGUCCAUUAUUCCACUCAUCUCCGGAACGCUGCACCCCCCGACCGCCGAAUCGGUGCGACAGCAGGAGCCGCCUGCUCAGGCUCAGGCGCAGCCCCUGGAGCUUCCCACAUCACCUCGGGUCCCAUCGUCCCCGCUCCUGGAUCAAGUCAUGACGGACCGGAGGGGCCACACCCAACCCGAGGCCUUUCCUUCGGCCUCGACGGACUCCCUGCGAGCCCAGUUGCUCCUCGUCAGUCAACGGCUUGACGAGACGGUCCCACAGAACUUUCGCCUCCCCUCUCUCGACACGUACGACGGCUCCACCGACCCAGCGGACCACGUAGCCGCCUUCCGCACCCAAAUGGCACUAUAUGGGACUUCUGACGCUCUGAUGUGCAGGGCGUUCCCCACAACACUAAGGGGACUAGCCCGCACGUGGUAUGGCGGCCUGAGGACCGGGACCGUCGCCUCAUUCGACCAGCUCGCUAGAGACUUCGAGCUCAACUUCCUAGCCAGCGCACGAUCGAAAAUCGACUACGACCUUCCCGAUUCUUCUGGUCCCUCAUUGAGAGACCCCCCUCCACGGUACCGGAGAUGCUUCAGCGGGCGAACCAGUUCAUCGCGGCUGAGAAAGCAGGAAAAGCACACGAGGGUUAGACCGGAGCCGGCUUGCGGGCAGCAGCCUGCCAUGACUAGGCGUAGGUUGGACCAAUCCGACCUACCCACUCCGAGGCCUCCUCUGCCCCCCCCAGGCGCAUCUCGAACGGAGAUAUUUCUCCAGAUAAAGGAGAGAGGGUUACUCAGGGCUCUCGUUCCGAUAAAAAACCCGCGAGAGCUCGCCGACCAGUCCAAGCAUUGCCGCUUUCAUAGGCAAAAUAGUCACGACACCGAAGACUACCGCAAACUAAAACGGCAGAUCGAGGAGCUCGUCCGCGGGGGACACCUCAGUCGGUACAUCCAAAAUAACGGGGAGCCCUCGCCUCUCCCUGAGGGCCCCGUGGAGCACCACAUCGAUGUCAUCACAGGAGGACCGACGGCUGGGGGAACUAGUAUGUUGGGAAGAAAGGCAUACGCCCGUUCCGCCAGGAUCAACGCUCCCCAACAUGGUCCCGACCCCAAGGUCGCAUUCCCUCCUAAGGACGUCAAGCCACCGGAGCACGACGAUGCGCUUGUGAUAAUGGCUCGAAUCGCUAACGCCCAGGUGAAGAGAAUCAUGAUCGACACCGGGAGCUCAGCCGACGUGCUCUAUCUGGACGCCUUCCAGAAGUUGGGGUUAACCAAAGAAUCCCUAAAGCCUAUCUGCUCGGCGCUCACGGGGUUCACCGGCGAUUCAGUCUCGCCAUUGGGGACUGUUACCUUGCCCCUCACGUUGGGAGUGCCGCCCCGAACAAAGACGGUGAUGUCCACCUUCUUGGUGGUAGAUCUUCCUGUUGCCUACAACGCCAUCCUCGGCCGCCCCACCCUCAACAAAAUCAGAGAUGUAGUCUCCACCUAUCAUCAAAUGGUGAAGUUUCCUACCCCCACCGGGACAGGGGAAGUUUGGGGAAGCCCCCGAGAGUCCAGAUGA